AUGGAUAGCAUAUAUGGGGGCCUUCGUAGACAAUCACUCCAAAAACUAGCUACAAUCGCCGCAACUGCACCGCCGUCUAGAAUCCAAAGCGAUCUUGACCGGCUCUGUCAAGGUUGUUCCCACGAUGUUUAUUCAGAAUCCAUUUCGGUCGAGCUUAAUAGUACACCGAAACUAGUACCCGGUGUCCAUAAACCUAUGACCGUUAGAGAAUUUGAGGUUCUUGUUGCUCUCUGCAAAGCGUCUCCAAUUCUGAGCGAGAAAUAUCUGGGCGAAAAGCUAGCACGGCAGCUCUCUCCCUACUUACUAGAAGUCCACGUACAGGAGUUGGAGCCUUCGCCAUUUUUCCGUAAUAUUGAGCCUUCGCCCGGUGAGGUACUCACAUCGCAUCUUACGACUGCGUUACUUUCACUAGGAAUUAACCAUAGCUCUUUACAAGAAACUGUUAAGAAUAACAUAUGGGUUUAUCUAGACUGUUGUCAGCUCACAGCAUCAGAUUUGGUUUCUCGUUCAAAUAGCCAUAAUGAUAUUAAAGACGCAAUUGAAAUAGCCACUAUCACAGUUUCUAUUAUUGGUUUUCUCGAUGCUGCUGCUAGCCAUGCGAACUUUUGGAGCUAUGAAGAUCGCCUAUGCCUGAUAGAGCGUGUAAAGCUAGUGCUUUCUCAAGAUUUCCUUGUGGUGGUUGAAAAAUCUUUAUCGACUAUCCACAAUUCUCAGACUCCUAGUUUACAAUUACGAGAAUGGAAAAGAUAUGUUCGGCUCUAUGCCUCUACCGGACGCCCACUAGGUGCUAUGCUUCUUCAAAGAUCUUUCGUGUGGUUACUAGUGGCAACAACCUCGCUUCUAUCUGUAGAGGUUGACAUGCUAGUGGGCAAAGACAUACUAGAUUUGAGACUUUCUGAUAGUUCCCUAUUCAAGACCACGUUUCAGAUCGGUUCUACUGAAAGCGAGGCAAUCGAAACCCUAGCUAAUAUUGCUUCCGAUCAGAUAACUCUCCUAGAAGACGAAGCUGAUUAUCUUCGCCUUGGAUCAGUUUGGCAGCAAAGACUUGCAUAUUCCACCAAGGCAGGUGCAUUAAUCAGUUACCUGAACUGUAUCCUCUAUGAUGAUAAUGCUGCAGAUGUUGGCAGCUUCAUGGCUUGGCUUGAAAUUUGUUUAGCAGACCCUAUUCAAAUGGCCGACAAAACGCUAGCUAGUGUGGUACUACGAUCUUUGGCAUUGAUUUCAAGAUCCUUCACUGCAUUCGCGCCUAGCGUGAGCCGGAUAUUGCCUAGGUUUAUUAUUCAGGGGAGCACCAGUAGCCAGUCAAUAGCGGUAGCUUCAUCAUGUUUGGCUAUUGUAUUGCAGUUAUUAUCGCAUGAUGCUAUUAUAUCUACAAUCUAUACUCUUGGAAAUGUUCUUAGCUCCGGCUGGACGACAGAUAGAACGCUUUCUGCCAACCUAAAUGCCGAGCUAGGUCUCGAUGGGAAUGGAAAUAAUUUUCUUUACGAGGAAAAGCAUCCCUCCAUUAGCUCUAUAGUCCUUGCUGCCAAUACGGAGGAAGAAUCAUUGAUGAUUUAUGGAAAUAUUGUCAAGGCUAUUUGUAGUAUCGCAAUUGCGUGUAAUGACUCCAAAAUCACGGCUCUAGCUCAGUCGAUGCUCUUGCAAAAAAUUGACAAAGUCAACAAGUCCAUAGACGCGCGAAUAAUAACAGAGGCAUCUGGCCUGGCGCUAAGCGGCGGACCUUUGGAGUUCCGAUCUCUUCUCAAAUUAUACGCUAAAAUGACUACAGAGGGAAUAAAUCAGAAAAAUGACGCUCUACUACUAGCGAUUUUAAAAGGAAGAGACUAUUUGUCAACAAGUUUACACAGAGACUCACCACUAUUCGACAUCUACCUAAGACAUUUACUAGAAGCAAUCAUCAGCAAAGGUGACUUGCAUCAAGUGGAGAGUACUCGUGAGGCAGACGUCGAGUUUGCAGCUCGAGAAAUUGAGCAGCUACUAAAUCCAUUAGCAAUUCUGAUGUCAAACUCUGACCUAGCCUCACUAGAAGAUCUAGAUGAAGACAUUUUUUCAUUGAUUCGAGAUUCAUGGUUCAAUAUCGUCGUGCACGGGUUUGUGAUGAAUACUGAAAGAGGAACUAAAUAUUUAAAAGAGUUGCGCCUUAUGGCUAUGCAUUCCAAACCUCUUGUUGCUGAGCAACGAGGUGAGCAGGUCGAGAGUGAUAUUGAGCUAAACACCGUUCUUCGCCGAGGUGGUAGUUCUGAAUACGAAUCUAGGCAGAAACGUCGACUUUCGUCUUUGCUACCCUCUAGGGUGACAGAAAUACGUGGAUUAAGCUACUCCAAAGUUAUUUUUUUGCAUGCUGCAUAUUUAGUUGAAAUCCUACGAGCAGGAACUGGAGACUGUACAAAAGCUCUAACCUACUUCCUUGAACCUAGCAUGCGAAAAGGCGAUAUGAGUAUAACCAUGGAGUCAAUCACUAGUGCAGUGAUGGACGUAUAUUUAAAUAUGACACUGGCAGGCACAAAUUCUUUGUUUCUAGCCCCUUGUGUAUCGAAGCAGCUAGCCUCCAUAUUUGGUGAUUGUUGCUAUCGGAUCGAUCGAGUCCAGCAGGCAGCUGUGAAUUGUGCAGAUCGAAUUAUGCGCGACGUACCUUCUGCCCUAUGCCAUAGAUAUUCUCUAUUUGCUCUCCUCGAUCUACUGACACUAAUGUGGAUCAGCUGUCUAGAAGCGGAAACAGAUGAAUACGAAUGCAAAUCUUCCUUCACCUCGAGUCGUAGUAAUAUUACCAUCGAACUUUCAGACGAUUUCAGGCUGCGUCGACAGACUUUAGACAAUCUAUACAAGAGAGCUAAAACUUGGGUCACAAAUGUGAUUAAUCUUGCGCCAUUAGACGUCAAAGGCCUUCUGCAAACAUACCUAUCUGAGUACGACAAUGACGAAGUAUACGAUCAAAUAUCUCUUGGUAGGUCAUUUGCAAUCGAAAUGGGGGCAUUCAUUCCUAGCACGGAUCAGAAACUCGUGGCCAUAGACCGCGUUGGUGAUUGCAAUAUUAAUACUGCAUCAGAGUUCAUCGCCCAGUACACCACCCGGCAGGAAUAUCGGUAUUCAAAUAUUCUUCCAAAUCACGAUGCAUCAUGGUUAAAGUCAGCUGGUCUUGGCCACCGUAGAAAAUUUACUUUGUCAAGAGACUUCGAUUUUGAAAAUGCAAUCACUGUUCUUUCACGUUUAGAAAUUCAAAUUCAAGAGCAGGAAUCUAUCUCUCUUGUAGAAAUACGUGAUAUCCUGCGACGAGCCGCGACAUUACUCUACAGAAACUGUGGUAACGGAUGUGCAAUAGUUUAUUACCUUGUUAGCAUCCCAUUUUCGCUCUUCACUGAAGAGUCUAUCAAGCUUGGCAUAUCUCUUUGGCUUGGGGUCAUGAAUGAAAACCCUCAAAUAGAAUCACGCAUUCUGACAGAAAUCGCCCAAAACUGGGAGACGAGUAUACACAAACGACUCGGGGCUUUCAAGUCUAGCUUUUUACAUAUAGAUCCAUUUUGUGACAAGGUUGAAUUUGCUCCAAGUGAUCGAACUCUACUUUCAAGGAAGGCGAAGAUAGCUCAGAGUUUACUUGCGCCUCACGUAAGAUUAACACAGUUUCUGGGCAGCCAUUUUAACGCGACUCGGCUUGGAAGUCCGCAUACAGAAAGAGUAUUUUUGCGAAUAUUGGAUGUUACCCUCGACGGACUGACGCAUGCCACAGCUCACCCACUUGCGAGGGAAGCUAGAUUUCAAAUAAUUCUUUUUGGCCUGAAAGUUUUACGACACUGUAUUGGACUUGAUCGAAACGCCAAGUAUGAUCUUAAGAACAAGAUCCUCUCAUCAGCACUAUUAUGGUUCAGUUUUGCCCCAUGUUGGUCUUUUGGCGGCAACCGACUUCAACUCAAAGCCGAAAGCCGCUUACUAACGGAUGUUGCUGCAGCAUUACGUACGGUUGAGCUCAAGAGUGAUGCAGCAUCAGCAUCGCUUUUAAAAGUGAUUCAGUCAAAAGAAGCCCUUCUUCACGCAUUGAUUGAAAGUGAAAAAUUAAGGAUUGGUGUCUGGCUACACCCCUUAAACUAUACUCAGAACGGCCAGACACUGACCUAUGCAAGUAAAGGAGUUUCUGAGGCAAAUCUGUUGGGACUAGUAAGGACGGCUUGGGCUGAAAGUCCAGCUCUAGCUAUUCAGCUUGCUACUAGAUUUCCUUCGACCAAGCUUCAUAAAGAAGUUCGAUGGAUACUACUAAACUUUCCUGAAAGGGCUAUUUCGGACCCAAAUGCAGUCCAUAUUCUUUUAGGAACCACAUUUCCUGACGAUGUCUCAUCUCAACUCAAGUACCUGCUCUAUUGGGCUCCGGUCAAUCCCAUAACUGCUAUCACUUAUUUUCUGCCAGCAUAUCGCAAUGACCCAUACAUAAUACAGUACGCAAUGAGAGCACUGGAAAGUCAUCCCAUUGACGUUACAUUCUUCUAUGUACCCCAGAUCGUGCAAAUUCUACGGUAUGACAAUUUAGGUUAUAUAGAAAGGUAUAUAGUUGAAACAGCCCAGCUAUCUCAGCUCUUUGCGCAUCAAAUAAUUUGGAACAUGAAGGCAAAUGAGUUCAAAGACGAAGAGUCUCAGAUUCCUGAUCCACUCAAACCAACCCUUGAAAAAGUAAUGAAUCGAAUGAUUUCUGAGUUCUCUAUCAUUGAUAAAUCUUUCUAUGAAAGAGAAUUUGCAUUUUUUGACAAAGUCACAAGCAUAUCUGGGAAGUUGAAACCAUUCAUCAAACGACCAAAGCCGGAAAAAAAACAAAAGAUUGAAGAAGAAUUAAGAAAAAUACAAGUAGAAGUCGGAGUUUAUUUACCAAGUAAUCCUGAUGGCGUUGUGAUUGGUAUUGACAGAAAAUCUGGUAAACCAUUGCAAAGCCACGCAAAAGCUCCUUUUAUGGCAACAUUCAGGAUUAGAAAAACUUUACUAAACAAUGAAGAAACAGCGGCAAUAUUAGAUAAUGUGCAAGCAGAGACCAAACCAGCCCAUGAGAAUACUAUCGAAAUUUGGCAAUCCGCAAUUUUUAAGGUAGGAGAUGACUGUCGCCAAGAUGUUCUCGCGCUGCAAAUGAUUGCAGCGUUUAGGGGAAUAUUUAACAAUGUCGGACUCGAUGUUUACGUUUUUCCCUAUAGAGUUACUGCAACAGCACCUGGCUGUGGCGUUAUUGAUGUUCUUCCAAACUCCAUCUCACGAGACAUGCUAGGGCGAGAAGCCGUAAAUGGACUGUAUGAUUACUUUGUUUCAAAAUAUGGCAACGAAGAUUCAUUGCGAUUUCAAGAGGCUCGAAGUAAUUUCAUUAAAAGCAUGGCAGCAUAUUCCAUCAUCUCUUUUCUACUACAAUUUAAAGACCGGCAUAAUGGAAAUAUCAUGAUUGAUGAUGCUGGACAUAUAUUGCACAUAGAUUUUGGAUUUUGCUUUGAUAUUGCACCUGGUGGGGUUAAAUUUGAAAGGGCCCCAUUCAAGCUAACAUCUGAAAUGCUGGCUGUCAUGGGCGGAAAUACUGAACAUCAGGCGUUCAAAUGGUUUGAAGAGCUCUGUGUAAAAGCUUUUUUGGCAUCUCGUCAACACGCCGAGAAGCUUUCUCAGCUUGUGCUCGUAAUGUUGGGAUCGGGCCUGCCUUGUUUUAAGCCUGAAACUAUCAAAAAUUUCAGGGACCGAUUUGUCCUUGAGAAGACUGAACGAGAAGCGGCUGAAUUCAUGAAGGGACUAAUCAAAACAAGCUACAAGAGCUAUUCUACAGGCGUUUAUGAUCAAUUCCAAUUACUCACCAACGGUAUUCCGUACUGA